AUGGAGAGUACUAUUGUGAAAGAUUUUCAAAAUCUCCGAGUGUUUGCACAGCGAAAUUUUAUAGGAAUGGAUGAGCUUGUGCAAGACCUCGCAACAGCGUUGGAAGAAACUGCCAAUGUUGGCAGGCCUGGCACCUCUCAGGCAGAAGGUGCCAGUUCCAGCACAUAUCCUCGACGCUAUGUGAAAAAACGACGAGGAAUUCGUCGCUCUUCUGCUAACAAUUACUACUGGAAACGGGGGACGAUCAGCGAGGCUUCAGAAAGCAGCAUCGACGAGCAGCCAAUGAGAGACUACGCUGGAAAUGUGAUACACAGUGAUUCAGAUGAUCUGGCCGCCCGUCAGAGAAUCCCCAAACUGACAGUUCCGCUCGUGGAUUCUGUACCUCCAGUGGAAUCUGAUUCAUUCACUGAAAACCUUUCUCCUUUGCGACCGCAGCGGCGGAGGAGGAGAUUCAAAACCAUGGCAGUAGAUUCGUCACCGUUGACUGACCACAUUCUCUCUGAUGCUGAUUCAGGGGAGAAACAUUUGCCACGGAGGAGGGACGACUGUCCUGUAACCACAGCAGAACGUUCAGUCUGUUCGCUGCAGCGAGGUUUAAUGUCCACAUCUGGCAGCUUCUCUCAGUCCUACCCUUUUAUGGCAGGGAAACGAAAACGCAGCAGCAAAAGUCGUACAGACUAUAACACCUGCUCUCACACAGAAAUUCUGACUCACCACAAGGGGGCGCCGUUUCAUGUGGACAGGAUGGAGGUGGCCAGUAUCUCGCAGGAGAGUUCCCUCAGCAGCAGUGAGUUCGACAGUGAUCUCAACGGCAACAAUGAGGAUACCAGAGAAGCCGAUGAUGAACAGAGCGACUUUUUCCAUGAACCGGGUCCAGCGUGUGGGAUCCCAGACAUUGUCCCCUGGUGGGAAAAUGAGCGCGUCACAGAUGAACCUUUGUGCAUCCACUCGGAUUUUGAACGGAUACUCACUGGCACCUUUGCCCAUCUUCCCAAGUUCACAAAUCAGAGUUUCAAGGCCAGGAUGGGACGGCUGAUAUCAGGGACUGGCCGAGAGAUACGACUUGGACGCCGCAAGCUAAAAGGAAAGAUGCCCCGGUACACAGUUGGAAGAUUUCUACAAGACAGGGAACACUGGAGCCGCAUGCAAGGUCACCACCACCAGGUCUCGCAGCUGCCUGCCUCCUCCAGCAGCUGCAGCAGCAACAACAGCAGCAGUAAUGGUCACGGGGUGGAGUUCAAGCGGCGGAAACAUGUCAGCAGAAACGUGACCGCAGCUUGUGGCCUGGAAGGAAUGAGCAGCCAGUGCUGUGAGCUGCCUGCCGAAGCCAACCUCAACCCAAAACUGCUGCGACCGUGUGGAAACAGCGUGGUGAAAAACUCUCACAGCCCAGUCUUGGCAGUCCACAGGGUGACCAGGAAAGGUCUGACCGAGCACAUCACUGUGUCUGACUCCUGA